AUGCAGCGCGGAUGGAGAGUGCCCGAUUGCUUUCUUGUGUGUCAAUGGAAUUUGUACACAUACACACCAAGCAUUUUAGACUGUAAUCCAGCAUGCCCCGUGGGUCAGAUCUGUCAGGACGGUACGUGCACAGCCCCAACGGCCCCACCGACGCCACCUCCCGUGCCCACUCCGCCCGGCCCGGAGCCGACU